UCUGGCGCCAAGACCGAACAAGACGUGCUCUCGACGCUGCGCGUGGCCAAGACGCGUGAGCCGGACAACUGCGAGGCGCUGCGGCGCUUAGGGACCUGGCUCUCGGAAGAGGGCGCAACGGUUAAGAGCGCCAUGGACUACCUUCACAACAUCAUGACGGACGAGGGCCUGGGUCUGGACUUCGCCAAGCAGUUGCAGACCACCUCGGCGGGAAAGAAGUAUGUGGCUGCCUGCCAGCACUUCAACACCAAAGGGGCGGAAGACAAAGAUCCUGCGGAGCUCUCCGACCACUUGACCCAUUUCCUGGACUACCCGACAGAGGAUGGGCAGAAAAAGUGCAAACGGGCUCGGCGGCUAGCGUUGCGCCGCCCGGCUUUAUCUGGCGGCCACAUCGUUUCUGGAGCAGAGCGCCAUGUGCGCUUGACCGCAUGGAUGGAGGAAGCUGUGGCGGGCGCGGCGGAAGCCCUGUCCUUGGAGCGGAAGCGCAAGCGCGCAACCGCGGAUGAUUCCUCGGAGAGGCCAGUGAGCUCUGCGGCCUCCGAAGAGUCCUCGUCAUCCUCCGACAAGAAGAAGAAGAAGGCCAACAAGGCAAAGAAGGAGAAAAAGACCAAAACCGCAAAAGCGAAGACAAGCCAGAAAAGCAAGAAGGCAAGCAAAAGGGGCAAGGCGCGGGCGAGCAGCUCCAGCGAGCCGAAGAAACACCUUGACGGGAAAGCCAAGAGCAAAGCAAAGCCCAGCUCUGAGAGCGGCGGCCGUGGCGCCCGGGCGGCCUUUGCAGACUCCGAGACCUCGGAGGAGCAGCCGGCGCUGGCUGCCUGGCCCGCGGAGGUUGCCGGAGGAUGUGCUGCCGCGCAGUUCGCCUGGGCGGCGUACGCGCCGAAGUUGGCAGCAGGGGUCUUCGAGCCGGCAGAAUACAAAGAGCAUGUGGAGAUGGUGCCGGCGGCGGUGCGGGAAGCGCUGGACGUGCAGGUCCGGGCUGAUCGCUCCCGCCCGCCGCGCCGCGUCGACGAGCUGACGGCGGCUUACUUCGGCAUUUUCGCGGCGGCAGAGCAGUACUGGGCGGCCCACGGCGCUGCGCCGGACGCCGAGACCUGA